GUGAUCUGUGAUUAAAUCUUUUGACAGCAAUGGCAGCUUUAUUGUUUUAACCUCAAAAUAUCAAAGCAAAAUAAAUGGAGGAAAUAGAUCUUUAAAUAAUGGGCUUUAAGAGGAGAAAAUGCUAACAAAAUGCGUGCAGUUACUGUGCGUGACUGCAGUUUUCGUAGCAGUUUACUUUCCAGCUCGACAUGCACGCCAUUACGACUAUGUUACGCUGGAAAAUGCAAUCAAAGAAAUCGUUCUUAGGGCGCCUGGAACUGCUUUGCUCAGAUCGAAAAAUUGUACUUAUCGAAAUGUGAUAUUGAAUAACCAAGAAAUCCCUGUAAGUAAAAUCACGAAAACCAGUUACUUUGUACAGCCCCUACCGGGAGGUGAGUACAUUCCACGACACUGCACACCACUGAUAAAAACGGCUGUUAUAAUCCCAUAUAGAAACCGAACUGAACAGCUAAAUGUGUUCGUUAAAUACAUGCAUAAGUUCCUCCAGAAUCAGAAUAUUCACUACAGAUUAAUACUGGCUGAGCAAAAUGAUACUCUACCAUUCAAUAGAGCAAAAAUGAUUAACUUUGGGGCUCAUCUGGCGAUUGCAUUGAAUUACUCCUGUCUGAUUUUACAUGACGUAGAUCUCAUCCCACUAACAACUGGAAACCUAUAUGGAUGCUCAAAUAGGCCUAGACACAUGUCCAGUAGUCUGGAUACCUUCAGAUACAAUUUACCGUAUCUAACAUUAUUUGGAGGCGCGAUAGCGAUUCUAGCGGAUCAAUUCAGGAAAGUGAAUGGCAUGUCCAAUUCGUUUUAUGGUUGGGGCGGAGAAGAUGAUGACUUUUAUGAACGCUUAGAAGCUCAUAAAUUAUUACCAUACAGAUUCACCCCGGAACUCAGCAAAUAUACUAUGUUGGUUCACAAAAAGCAGCCAAAGAAUGACGGUCGAUUUGAGAAACUUAGCAAAUCUUUAGAGAAUCUCCGAGAUGGAUUGAAUACAUUAACACAAAAAUACUCUGUUUACCUAGAAGACCUGUAUACGAAAGUAGUCCCUAUAUAACAUUAAUAUUCUAUCGUUAAUACUCGCUAGGCUUGUUUAUUGUCAUUGGGGUAAACAUUAUCAUAAAAGAGAUCGUAAAUAACUGUUUCAAUUUUUUGCAGUUUGUAUUUGAUUGCAAAAUGCUUCUUAUUUAUUUUCAGUAGUUUUCUAAAAUGUACGUUUUUCAAUUCAUUUUGCAACAAAUUUCUAAUGCUCUUUUAUACAUAAUUUUAUAUUACAUUUUUUACGAGUUAAAAAAAUGCUUAUUACUGUCGUUAAGGAAUACCAAUGGUUGUUUUUCUGUAUUUUCUAAAAAACAGUCCAAAUACUAAAUACAUGGGGCCUCUCAAAAUGUUAUUUGCGAUGCUCAAUUCCUUAUUCACAGCGCUAUGUAGGUAAAGUUUGAAUCUCUUAAUAUAAUUUUUAAUUUGGUUGAUAGUGUUGAUCUGUUAUAUUUUACAAUUUACUAUUGUCGACAUGAUAUAUUUAUUCUCCGUUGUUAGUUACUAUUUUAUUUUGGGUUUUACCAGUCGCAUAUUAAUUUGGAUGCGAUAAAGGUGUGGAACGGUAACGGUUUUCCUAUAGUAGGCAGUAGGCGAAUUUCCCAAAUAAAGUGAAAGCUCACUUUAUACAUUUAAAAUCAGUAUAAAUUUAAGUAACAUUGUUUAAUUUCAUUACAUACUAACUUUUUUAUUUAUUAUCGCUCAAUUUUUGUUUAUGGUAUUAUAUAUUUAUUUGUUUUGUGAUAUAAUCUUGUGGUUUUAAGUUCUCGAAUCAUUAUGUUGAUAUUUAAGUUCUGUGUGUUGUAACUAGGAACAAAUAUACGUUAUUAGAAAGCAAAA